UUUUCAAUUGAGUUCAAGCAAGAAAUUCAAUUCCCGAUCAAGCUAAGCUCGAGCGAAGUUUCAACCGGUCAAACAUGUGAGUCGAUGCGCGUGGACUGAGAGACACCAGCCGAGCAGGUUAUCACGUGGGCCGGUGGCACCUUUUGUCUUCGAGUCCUUGGCCGAUUCUUCAUCGUUCCAGAUUCGUUGGUCGAUUGCCACGUGUUCUGGUGGAUCCGACGCUUCAGAAUCUUCGGUUCUUUCUGCUUCCUUGGCUCUCUCUUUCCCCACUUUCUUCUUUCUCCUCCUUCAUACUUCUUCAAAACAAGAGUCAACUCAGAGCCGCCUGGCAGCCACAAUCCAAGAUCUCUCUUCUCGCCCUCGACACCGUCAGGGCCGUUCGAUCCAUUGUCGUUACGGGUCAGCUUCAUUUACUUUUGCACAUCUAUGGUUUUCCGCCGAUCCCGACGCGGAUCUCGCCCUCCACACCCUCGCCGCCGCGCGUUCCUUCCUCGUCCAGCAGCAUAUUUAUCUGAAAUCGAAAGCUGAAAACGUUUUCACCAACCAAAUGGCCCUGAGAGCGCUUGUUUCUUGGAAGCGAGCGAGAGCGAGAGCCAGGGCAUAGGGAAGAGAUCGUCGACUUCACUGCCGAUCGGGGAAGGGCAACCCCGGGUCAGAGGCCGCCGAGCAUCUCCGAGAGCAAAGCCCACUCUGCUUCUGCUUUAAGCCCUUGAUUUUCUUAGCAAGACUCUCUCUCUCUCUCUCUCUCUCUCUCUCUCUCUCUGUUCCGAAGCUUGGCAUUCUAGAGAAGCACAUGUACCAUCAGCUCUUCUAAUGGCUGCUUCUUCGAAUAUGAAAAGGAAUUAUUACCAUGUGUUCCUCAGUUUCAGAGGAACAGAUGUCCGCCAUGGCUUCCUCAGUCAUCUUUAUGCCGCUCUGGACCAGAGAGGAAUACACACUUUUGUGGAUUGCGAGGAGCUCAGGAAAGGAGAGGAAAUAUCACCGACGCUCAUGAGGGCGAUCGAGCAAUCACGCGUUGCGAUCAUCAUUUUCUCUGAGGACUACGCCUCCUCACCAUGGUGUUUGGAAGAGCUCUUGAAAAUCAUGGAGUGCAAGGAGCAAAACGACCUGAUGACUUGAUGGUGUUCCCAGUGUUUUACAAAGUGGAACCAAGAGAAGUGAGAUGGGGGAGAGAGAGUUAUGGGAGAGCUAUGGCUAAGCAUGAGUCCAAGUUCGGGAAGGAUUCAGAGAAAGUGAAGAGAUGGAAGAGGGCUCUCCUUGAUGCUGGUAACUUGUCUGGGUGGGACUUCAAUGACAGAGAUGAAAGAGAUGAAGCGGAGCUCAUACAAUCCAUCGUCAAGGAAUUAUCAAUUUGUCUCAGACCAAGAUCCUUAGAUGUCGCUAAGUAUUGGGUCGGUAUAGAAUCCCAAGUUCAAAAACUGAUAAGUUUGUCAGAGUCAGCUGGUAGUGAUGUUUUGAUAAUAGGUAUAUGGGGACCUGGUGGCAUAGGGAAGACAACGAUUGCUAAGGCCCUAUAUAAUGCUAUUCAGACGCAAUUUUGGGGUUCUAGUUUUUUGGCGCAAGUUAGAGAAAAAUCGAACCAAAGCAGUGGUCUUGUUUGUUUUCAAGACCAACUUCUAUUUGAGAUCUUACGUCAUAAAGAAUUAAUCUAUGAUGUCGAUGGAGGAAUUAGUUUGAUACAGGAAAGACUAUGUUGCAAGAAGGUUCUCCUAGUUCUCGAUGAUGUUGAUGAUAUGGAUCAACUGAAUGCCUUAGCUGGAAAAGGUGAUUGGUUUGGCGAAGGGAGUAGAAUCAUUGUUACAUCAAGAGAUAGACAUUUAUUAACUUCUCAUGACAAAAAUUAUGUGUAUGAAGUUAAAACUUUGGAAGACAAUGAAGGACGAGACCUUUUUGGUCAGCAUGCCUUUACAAACAGCAAUAAAGUAGAAAUAAGAAGGGAUCUCAUUGAUGGAGCACUGCAUUAUGCCGGUGGCCUUCCAUUAGCCCUGGAAGUGUCGGGCUCAUUCCUACGUGGAAGAAAGGAACCCGAAUGGGAAAGUACGUUGCAUAAACUCUCUAAAAUUCCUGAAUCAAAAAUCAAUCGAGUUCUCAAGAUAAGCUUCGAUGGAUUGGACGAGAAUGAGAGGGAGAUUUUCCUUGAUAUUGCUUGUUUCUUUAAGGGGAAAAGUAUAAAGGACAUCCAGGAAGUUCUUAACAACUGUGAUUUCGACACAACCAUAGGAGUAGAAAUUCUCAUCGAGAGAUCCUUGAUAAAAAAUGAGAAUGGUUCCUUGCAAAUGCAUGAUUUGGUUCAGUUGAUGGGUAUGCAUAUUGUUAAACAAGAAUGUCGCGAUGAUCCUGGGAAACGCAGCAGAUUAUGGCUUUUGGAAGAUGUUGAUGACGUUUUUUGUUAUAAUACGGGAACGGAUGCAGUAAAGGCCAUAGUAUUGGAUUUGCCCCUACCAGAAGCGAUAAUCAUCAGUCCUGAUGCUUUCACAAAUAUGAAAAAGUUGAGAAUACUCAUUUUGGUUGGAGUGCAUAUCUCUUCACAAGCUCAAAUACGUCUCCCUAAUGAGCUAAGAUGGCUUGAAUGGCCCAAUGCCCCGAAUCUAGAAUUUGUCUCUAGUCCAAAUAAACUCGUGACACUCAAUGUCCCGUUAAGUCAUAUCAGACAAUUAGGGGGCAACUCUCAGAAUCUUAGAAAGCUGAAGUCCAUCAAUUUUAGUGGAUGCAAGUCCCUGGUUAGUAUUCCCGGUCUGUCAUCGGCUCCAAAUAUGGAGGAAUUGACUCUUUGUGGGUGUGAGAGCUUGGUGGAGGUUCACCCAUCCGUCGGAGAUCUUGUCAAGCUGAAAGUUUUGUCGCUACCAUGGUGCUCUAAUCUUAGAAAUUUUCCUAACAUGCUGAAGACUAAGUCUCUUCAAACCCUUAAGCUCUAUGGUUGCUCUAAACUUGAGAAGUUCCCAGAUAUAGAUGGAAAGAUGGAACAUCUGAGAGAACUUAAUCUACGUGGGACAGCUAUUAAAGAACUCCCUGCAUCAAUUGAAAAUCUUGUCUCUGUGCAGUCGAUGACUUUAGCAUUUUGCAAAAACCUCAUGAGGCUUCCGUCACACAUUUAUAAGUUGAAAAAUCUCAAGACCUUUGAUCUUGGGGGCUGCUCAAAUUUAAUUACGUUUCCAAAAAACAUGGAGGAUUCAACUGAUCAUGAUGGCUAUCUGGGAUUCCAAAGACUACGCUACCUAUACCUUAAUGGCUGCAAUCUAUCAGAAGUAGAGUUCCUUGAGAAUUUUUCCAGUUUUCCCGCAUUUGAGAUUCUACGCCUUCAAUAUAACAAGUUUGCUCAUAUGCCGACAUGCAUCAACAGGUACUAUCAUUUGUGCUCAUUGAAUGUUAGGGGAUGCGAGGAACUACAAGAGAUUCCUCAGCUUCCACCAAAUAUAGAUUAUCUAUUUGCAGAUUGUUGCAAAUCUCUGCAAAAACUCCCAGAUUUGUGGGGUCAGCCCUCCCACACCUCGUUUGUUGGCUUGGCUUCAUGUGGUGAAUUAUUCCGCAAAGGGGUCAAUAUGGAUGAUGUGGCUAAUGUGUCAUUACUCAAGAAUCUGCCAAAAAUAAGCUGGGUCGACAUUAUCCUAAUUGGAAGAGAGAUGCCUAAAUGGAUUCUCCCUUGUGAAGAGCAUUCCAUAUUUUUCAUGGUUCCACGGGACUUGUAUGACAAGCUCAAAGGACUAGCACUCUGUAUAGUUCUUAGCCUGGAGGAAGGAAAAGUGGUCGAUGUUUUAUGUGAUUUCACAGUACUUGUUAAUGGCAAAAGCGUGAAGGUCCGCAGGAAAUAUUUUUCUUCAAUGGAAUCUGACCAUGUGUGGCUUUAUUAUUGUUCACGCGAUGGUCUGCUUGGAGUGGAGAAGCUUCUGCGAAAUGAUUGGAGCCAUUUCCAAGUUUGCGUCAGAGUAAAAAAGGGAAGCAUAAAGAAGUGUGGAUUUCGUCUAAUAUGUGAGCAAAAGGAGGAUGAUCUAAGGGUGGUGUUCCCAGCACCAUCAGCUGAUAGAAACAAAGUGAAGUUUUUUGGGGAAGACUCAUAAGAAGAUAAUUCAAUAGACACCAAGGAAGGAGAUACUCCUAUUGAAAUAGAUGUGGAGGAAAGCUCAUUACCUUUAACAAAGAAGAUGAGGCGAUCUUAACUACGGUGAGACAAUGGGUUCCAAUAUCUUUGCUUUUCCCUUUUCUGGACCUCCACUAGAGAUUUACAAGUGCUGCUCCUUCAAAUA